UACGCAAAUAUCAUAUAUCCGACCUGUCCUUGAAGCCGAAACACCACACAGGCAAGAUGGUCGCAUACUGGAGACAGGCUGGCCUCAGCUACAUCCGCUUCUCCGCUAUCUGCGCUAACGCGGUGCGCGCUGCAAUGAAGCCGCAGUUCCAAGCCGAGGCACUGAAGGCCGCAGAGGCAAGCGUCAAAGUCAACAAACCCAAACCGGCAUCAUGAUUUGAGACCGUGAUGUAGAUAUUUUCCCCUGAGCUGUGAGGUCCUGUCACUGUCUUGUCCUGCACAUCGUGGAGAAGAAGAAAAAGAUUGAUGGCAUCAAGAUGACCCGAAUGAAAUUGAUGUAUUUUCCCUUUCAUUUGUAAUUAAAAUUGUAUUAAAGAUGGAUAUCGGAAAUACA